AUGACGUCUCCACUCGCGCUAAACACACUUGUGUGGCUUAAGCAGCCGGGAUAUCCUUGGUGGCCUGGAAUGGUGCUGGAUCCUUCUGCAGUAGAGGUGGAGGUGCCUGCUGGAUAUGAUACUUGUGUUUUGUGUUUACCAUCCAUAGCGUCCAGUGUGGCUUUUGCAAACAGCAGUAACAAUGAGGAGAUUAUAUUGUUUAAUCCAGAAACGGAUAAGGAGUUAUUGGAAGCUGGAAAGCAAGAUACAAACUGCGCUGCUGCAGUUGAAGAAGCUGUACGUGUUUAUGAGCAGCAGCAGGAACAAAAACAAUUGUUAAUGCUAGAGCAAGAUGCUGUAAAAGCAAUGAAUAAAGCUUCAGAAAAUGAGGAAGGAAAGGAGGCAAACGAACAUAAAAAGCACUCUCAAGUAAAAGAAGAAAAAUCUGAUAAAAAGCGACACAAGAAGCGUGAACGUGACGAGAAGCAUUCUUCCGCAAAGAAGCACCACCAUCAUCGUAAGAGACAUGGUGAAAAGCAUAGUAAAAAGGAACGCAAUAGUAAUUAUAAUUAUGAUGAUGAUGAUGAUAACAGCGAGAAUGAGUAUAGCAAUUCAGAUGAAGAUUCCCUAGAUUCUUAUGGAGGUGGUGAUGAAAGAGAUAAAAAGAGUGGGAAAAAAGCACGAAAACGGAUUGAUUUUGACACAGAUGAACAGUAUGAACGAGAAGCGAGGCUUGAGCCUCAUCAUCAAGAAGAAGAUGCGGCGUACUUUGAACAGCGUCUCCGUGAAAACCGUCAGCGGGCUAGUGAUGGUGCCCUGGAGAGGUUUCGGGAACAACUGGCAUCAUUAGCCGCUGCAUGUACACAUGGGAGUGUUAUUUCUGUCAGUGAAACGGCAGAGGAACAAUUGUUGGAUGCCCUCUCACCCAUGACAACUAUAGAUGUCACCUUUGAUCAACUUCGCCGUACAAAGAUUGGUGUUGUUGUAGGAAAGUUUCUCUCACGCGAUUACCCUGUCCGUGUGGUGAUGCUCGCAUCUGCCAUUCUCACCUAUUGGUUCCGUCAACUCCCUCCCACAACGCAGCAGCAACUGCGAGCCCAGACGACAUUGGAGUUAGCCUCCAACGACACUACCGUUGGUUCAGAGCGGGAGGGUCUCUCGCUUGGGGCGGUUGGCGUGCAGCUGGAGGCGACCUUCACCGAUGAGGAGGUGAACGAGACGGCGACGGAGCCAACGACGAUUGCCCGGCAGAUUGAAAGUGAGUUGGCGGCGGUGGACGACGAGGAUGUGAGCAUGGCGGUCCUCGCCGUGCUGCGGGAUGGCCACAACGCCGCCCUCCGCCGCGGGCUUCUCGACGGCUCCGUCAGCGCGAAGGAAGUCGUCGCCAACGCCGUGGACCCCCGCCGGCUGCUGCUGCGGCUGCAGGGCCAAAGCGGCGGGUCCUCCACGCCGGAGCCGGAGUCGCCGCUCGCGGACGGCAGUGCGCUGGAGAACUUCACAACCCUCUACGCCUGCCCGAGCUGCGGGGCCCGCGAGGCCGUCGCGAAUGAGUACUCCGUGCAGGCACACGAUAAUAUGGCGGUGUUCGUGCGGUGCCUCAAGUGCGGUGAGACGUGGAAUGUGGAGGCGUAA